UCCCAAAGAAACCUCUCUCUCUCUCUCUCGCUCUCUCUCUAAGCAAGAAAGAAGUCCCUCUGAAGCCGCUCACUCUUCGUCGGAUCACUUGGAAGUCUAAUUGGGACUUUGCUUAUUCAAAUUCAGCAUCGGUUUUCUUUGGGAUUGACCGCUUGCUUUCUUGAUCUUCGUACCUCGUCGCGAUAACUAGUUGUGAUGCUUUGUUUUGCUCUCUCUAAGAUCAGGUUUGUGAGGGUAUAAUCGUUGUAAAGAUUGAAUCUCCUUGGGGUUUCCAUGUCUCGGUAACCUUCUGGUUUGGAUCUUUGAUCUAAGUGUUUUUUGUUGCCCGUUUUCUAAUUCUUAAUCGAUCUUAGCUGCGGUUUAGAGAGUUUUUGUUCUAUGAUAUCAUCUGGAAGAUUUUCCGAGGUUAGAUUAAAUUUACUUCAAAUUUCUUUACAAAAGGUAUAAUUUUUGUUCUGGAAUGUCCUGAUUCGUGCUCGCAGUAGCACACAAUAUACCCUGUUUUUUUGUUGCUUUUCCCCCGUAAAUGCUCUAAAAAGCAGAGUUUUUUUUUUUGAAGUUUAAAUUUUUAUUUAGCGAAAAUUAUUGUUUAAUCUUCUUUUAUUGAAUACUCCCCAUGGAAGUAUGCAUACAAUCAAGCAACCAGACAGUUGGAAUAGUUGCCUAAUCUCCUGGGGCGGUGAUACUAUUCGAUCUCUACGCUCUUUACAUUGGUGAAGCCUUAAACUAUGGAUAAGUUUGAAUUCUUGGAGCCUAACUCUGUUAAAUUUUUCUGCAGCACAUUGAAAUUCCCAUUGACGGGUUCCAGCGAAUGGCAUGCAGAAAUCUGAUGAUUUUGAUUGUUCCCUUAUUGGAUUAAAAUUGGUCAAAUACGAAACCGAUGGGACUUCUAAGAUAAAUGGCUGAAGAAUUGCAAGGAAGUUCAGGCUACAUUGAGGUGAAGCUAUCCGAAGAGGCUAAUAUAGAUGUAGCUGAGGAUGAAAACCAGAGUCUAAGGAGUGACAGUACAGACUUACUGGGAAAAGAAGGAAAGAAAGAAGAGGAGGAGGAAUCUGCAUCAGAUGGGGAAUUUAUAAAGGUAGAGAAGGAAAUAUUAGCAGAUGUAGAAGAAAGAUCUCACCUGCUCAACCCAAUGGUGGAAGUGGAAGAAACCUCACAUAAUGCCAAUCAUAGAUCGGACAGUUCAGAAGCACAUGCUGAUUCUAUAAAAAUGAAAGAGAAGAACAAAGAACUCGAGCUUCAACUUGAAACUGUCCUUGGAAAAUUGAAAAGUUCAGAAGUUGAAAAAGCCUUGCUAAUUUCUGAGUUUGAUCUAGCAAAUGACAAGCUAGAGAAAAUGACCAAGCAUUGUGAAGAACUUGAACUUGGCCAUAAGUUGAUGAAAAACCAGAUAUUAGAAGCUGAACAGAUAUAUAAUUUGCAGCUUGAAUCCUAUGAGGAAGCACUAAAAGCUUCAUAUAUAAAGGAUAAGGAGCUUACAGAUGCAAGGGAAUCGUUCAUUGAGUUGUCCACUGAGCUGGAUAGCUCGAGGAAAAGGAUGAAGGCUCUUGAAGAAGAGUUAUUGUCCUCAGUCAGCAAAGUACAUAAACUUGAAGAACUAAAUAAGCACAGUAGUUUACAAGCAGAAUCAGAAUCAAAGAAUGUUUUGGAGCUACAAAUGAUGUUGGAUCUGGCACAUGCAAAUGCAAAGGAGAUGGAAGGUCAAGUCAAUGACCUACAAAUGGAGUUGAAAGAACUCCAUAAUGAGAAUGCAGAGAAACAGCAUGUUGAAGAAGCACUUCGAAGUACUUUAUUAGAGCUUUCAAUAUCUCAGGAGAAGUUGGAAAUAUCAGAAUCACAAGUAGCUAAACUGGAGCAAGAACUUGCUUCUAAAGAUCAUUUCAUAUGUGGACUGUCUGAAGAACUAAAUCUGUAUAAGGUUUCUCAAGAGCAAUUGAGAGCAGAUGUUGCUGAAUUAGAAAAUAUGCUGUCUACUUCAAGAGAGGAUCUCGAAACAAAGCUUGUGAAUUUGCAGGAAUUGGAACUGAAGCUCCAAGAACAGGUAAAGGAAAGGGAAGCAGAUGAAGCUUGCUUUAAGAACCAAGAACUGCAGAUAUCUAGUUUACAAAAUGAUUUGUCUGACUUGACCAGAGAGAAGGCAACUCUAGAGAGCACUGUGACAGAUCUUAACACGAAGUUGUUGGAAAAUGAGGAAACACAUAGCCAGUUGGAGGUGAAGAUAAAUCUAGCUGAUCAGGAUUUAAAGAAAACAGACUCACUUCUCUCACAAGCACUGUCACAUAAAGAAGAGUUAAAUAAAAAAAUGGAACUGCUUGAGCAGCUCUAUCAUGAAUCAAGAAUAACUGCAGAAGUUACUGCCAAAAGAAACCUUGAGUUCGAGGGUUUGGUCCAGUUAUCAAAUGCAGCUGAAGAGAGUAUCAGAAAACAGCUGAAAGAAAGUGAGAUGAAAUUGGCAUCCUCUGAGAAGAAGAAUAUGGAGCUCGAGCAACAAAUAAAUCUUGCAGAGAUAAAAAGGCUUGAUGCAGAGAGUGAAAUAAACAAACUCAAUGAGAAAAUAAUGGAGCUCACUGCAGAUAAUGCACUAUCGAGAAGUUGUCUGGAAAGUUUUGAAGAUAGGAUUGGCCAAUUGGAAUCUUCCUUGAGUCAGUCAUCUUUGAGGAACUCAGAGCUUGAGAAAGAGCUCAAUGAUCUUCUCAUAAAGUGUGCAGAACAUGAGGAACGAGCUACUGCAACACAUCUCCGCAGUAUAGAGCUGGAAGACAUGAUCCAUUCAUCUCAUUCCAAGGCUGAAGAUUCUAAAAAGAGAGCAGGAGAAUUGGAACUACUGUUGGAAGCUACUAAUUCUCGGACAAAGGAACUUGAGCAACUACUAAGCACUAUCGAGGAAAAACAUAGAGAUGUUGAGGCUCUAUCAAAGCAAUACAGCAGCAAGGUUUCUGGGCUUGUUACCGAACUUGAAGCUACACAUCAAGCUGCAAAUGACAAGGAGAGGGAGUUGACAGAUAUCCUGUAUGUAGUUGUAGAAGAUAGAAAGAAAUUUGAAGACUUGUCAAAUAGUCAGGAGAAGAAACUUUAUGAAUCUGAAAAUGAAAUUCAGAUCUUGAAAAAUGAGUUGAAAUAUUUAAAAGAAAAAGUAGCAAGUGUUCAGGAAGAUCUUGAGGCUUCAAGUGAUCGAGAGAGGGAACUACUUGAGAUUCUCAAAUAUGAUGGAGAACAGUUGGAACAUCACAGCAAGGCUCUAGAGGACCUUACUGCAAAAAAUUUGGAGUUGAAUUCAUUAAAUGAAUCUUUAAUCAAAGAUUCACAGUUGAAACUCCAGGAAGCAGCUGCAAGCAUCAAGCAAAAGGAGAUGGAAGCUAAAGAAUUGCUUGAGAAGUUAAACUUUCUUGAAGAACAAUUGAUAUCUUACAAAGACCAUACAGUUGAAGCCACUGAAAAUGUUGCUUUACUAAAGGUGGAGUUGGGGGAAAAUGCAAUUAAACUGGUUUCUCUUGAGAACAAUGUUGAGGAGCUUAAUCGAAAGGUCUCAGAAGCUAAUCUAAGAACUCAACAGAAGUUCGCUGAAAAUGAGUUGCUAUCUGUGGAGAACUCAAAACUCAGGGAGGAGCUGGAAGCUCACCAGCAAAAAGUCAAUGAGCUAGAUGAGUUCUCAAAAUCCAUUCAUGCCGAGAAGGAGGCUACUGUUGAGAAACUCAUUUCUCAUGCAAGCACCAUAGCAGAAUUAACUGAUGAACGGUCAAAAUGCUUGGAGAUCCAAUUUGCAACUGAAUCUCGACUUAAAGAAAAUGAAGCCCAGCUGCAGGAAGCUAUUGAGAAAUACAAGCAGAGGGAUUUGGAAGCCAGAGACCAGUAUGAGAAGCUUCUUGCAUUUGAAACUCAUUUGAGGACUUAUGAAGAACAGGUUAGUGAGUCAGCUGUUAUCACAUCAACUCAGAAGCACAAACUGGAAGAAGCACAUUUCAAAUUACAAGAUAUGGAAGGACUAGUUGAGAAAUUGGAAAGCAAGUUGGAUCAAUUAAAAACUGAGAAUGAAGGUUUAGCCAGACAUAACCUGAGUCUGACUGAGGAGCUUGCAACUUAUGAGACAAAAAUGAACGAAUUGCAUGUAGCAUUUGAUGCAGCUGUUGCAAAGAAAGAGGAUGUAUCCAUGGAGCUUCAUUCUUUUAAGAAAGAAACAGAAUAUCUCCUGCAACUGCUUAACUCUGAUAAAGAGAAACUCCAGUCACAGAUAACCUCUGUUACGGAAGAAAACAACAUGCUUAACGAAAUGUACCAAAAUGCAAGGAGACAACUUGAAGCAACUAUAGUCCAAUUGGAAGAAAAAUUAAGUGAGCAGAUGGCAAGAGAAUUAUCUCUUAAUUCUGUUAUAGAAAAUCUUAAAGAAGAGUUGUCUGAAAAAUCACUUAUGCAACCACGAAUUUUAGAACUUGAAGAAAAGCUUAGAGAUGCCGAAGAACAGUUGGAACAUCAUGGAAAGGCUGUGGAGGAAAUUACUGCAAGAAACAGGAAUUUGAAGUCAAUAAAUGAAUCUUUAGUCAAGGAUUCAGAGUUGAGGCUCCAGGAAGCAGCAGAGAGCUUCAAGCAAAAGGAUUCUGAAGCUAAAGAAUUGCUUGAGAAGUUCAAAUCUCUUGAAGAAAAUUUAGUAUUUUAUGAGGAACAGUUGGUUGAAGCUUCUGAAAAUGUUGCCUCACUUAAGGCAGAGUUGGGCACAAACACAAUGAAACUGGUUUAUCUCGAAAACAAUCUUGAGGAGCUUAAGCAAAAGCUCUCAGAAGCUAAUCUAAGAUGUGAACAGACACUUUCUGAAAAUGAGUUGUUGGCGUCAUCAAACUCAAAGCUCAUGGAGGAGUUGGAAGCACAUCAGCACAAAGUCGAUGAGCUUAACAAGUUGUUGGCAUCCAUCUCUGCAGAGAAAGAAGCCACUGUUGAGCAACUUGCCUCUCAUGCUAGUACCAUAGCGAGUUUGACAGAUGACCAUUCAAGAGGCUUAGAGCUCCAAUUUGCAACUGAAUCUCGCCUUAAAGAAAAUGAAGCCCAGCUCCAUGAAGCUAUUGAGAAACACAAGCAACGAGAUUUGCAAGUAAGAGACCUCUAUGAGAAUCUUCUUGCACUUGAAACUCAGUUGCAAACUUAUGAAGAACAGGCUAGUGAGUCAGCUGUUGUUGAAGCAACUCAGAAGGGCAAAUUGGAAGAGGCACAUUUUAAACUACAGGAACUGGAAGGGCUUGUAGAGCAAUUGAAAAGAAAGUCAGACCAAUCUAAAAUUGAGAAUGAAGAUUUAUCAAGAAAUAACCUGAGUCUCACUGAGAAGCUUGCAAUGUAUGAGACAAAGAUGAAUGAGUUGCAAGUAGCACUUGAUGCAGCUGUUACAGAGAAAGAGGAUAUAUUCAUGCAGCUUCAUUCUUCUAAAAAGGAAAUGGAAGAUAACAUGCAACUGCUUAUAUCUGAUAAAGAAAAAUUCCAGUCACAGAUGAUCUCUAUCAUGGAAGAGAACAACAUGCUCAAAGAUAUGCAUGAAAAUUCCAGGAAAGAUCUUGAAGCAAGGUUAGCCCAAUUGGAAGAAAAGCUAAGCGAACAGAAGGCAAGGGAAUUCUCUCUUGAUUUUCUUGUGGAAAGACUUAAAGCAGAGUUAUCUGAAAAAUCUCUUAUGCAAUUACAACUGGAGCAAAAGCUUCAAUAUGCUGAUGAACAAUUGGAACAUCACAGUAAGGCUGUGGAGGAACUUACAACAAGAAACUUAGAGCUAAAUUCAUUAAAUAAAACUUUUGUCAAGGAUUCAGAGUUGAAACUUGAGCAAGCAGCCGCAAGCUUCAUGCUAAAGGAGUCUGAAUCUAUAGAAUUGCUUGAGAAGUUCAAAUCUUGUGAAGAACAAUUGUCAUUUUAUAAAGAACAGGCAGUUGGAGCUACUGAAAAUGUUGCCUCACUUAAGGAAGAGUUGGGAGCAAAUGCAAUGAAACAAGUUUCUCUUGAAAACAACAUUGAGGAGCUUAAGCAAAGGGUCUCAGAAGCUAAUCUAAGAUGUGAACAGACACUUUCUGAAAAUGAGUUGUUGAUUACAUCAAACUCAACACUCAGAGAGGAGUUGGAGACUAAUCAGCACAAGGUCAAUGGGCUUAAUGAGUUGUUGAAAUCCAUCCAUGCAGAGAAGGAGGCUGCUGUUGAGCAGCUUGCCUCUCAUGCAAGAACCAUAGCAAAAUUGACUGAUGAACAUUCAAGUGGCUUGGAGCUACAGUUUUCAACUGAAUCUCGUCUUAAGGAAAAUGAAGCCCAGUUGCAUGAAGCUAUUGAGAAAAACAAGCAGAAAGAUUUGGAAGCCAGAGACCAGUAUGAGAAGCUGCUUUCACUUGAAACUCAGUUGAGAACUUAUGAAGAACAGGCUAGUGAGUCAGCAGUUGUUGCAGCAACUCAGAAGGGAAAACUUGAAGAGGCACAUUUCAGAUUACAGGAACUGGAAGGGUUUGUAGAGCAAUUAAAACACAAGUCGGAUCAAUUGAAAAUGGACAAUGAAGAUUUGUUAAAAGAUAACCUGAGUCUCACUGAGAAGCUUCUGAUGUAUGAAACAAAUAUGAAUGAGUUACAAGAAGCACUUGAUGCAGCUGUUACAGAGAAAGAUGAUAUAUUCAUGCAGCUUCAUUCUUCUAAGAAAGAAAUAGAGGAUCUCAUGCAAUUCCACAUCUCUGAUAAAGAGAAACUCCAGUCACAGAUAACCUCUGUCAUGGAAGAGCACAACACAUGCAAUGAGAUGUACCAAAAUGCCAGGAAAGAGCUCAAAGCUGCUAUAGCCCAAUUAGAAGAAAAACUAAUUGAACAGAAGGCAAGGGAAUUAUCUUUUGAUUCUCUUGUUGAAAGUCUUAAAGCAGAGUUGUCUGAGAAAUCUAUUAUGCAAUCAGAACUGGAGCAAAGGCAUAAAUAUGCUGGAGAACAAUUGGAACAUCACAGAGAGGCUGUGGAGGAACUUACAGCCAGAAACUUCGAGCUAAAUUCAUUAAAUGAAACUUUAGUCAAGAAUUCAGAAUUGAAACUCGAGGAAGCAGCUACAAGCUUCAUGCAAAAGGAAUCUGAAGUUAAACGGUUGCUGGAGAUGUUGAAAUCUCUUGAAGAACAAUUGGCAUUUUAUAAAGAACAGGCAGUUGGAGCUGCUGAGAAUGUUGCCUCACUUAAGACACAGUUGGAGGCGAGCACAAUGAAACUGGUUUCUCUUGAAAAUAAUGUUGAGGAGCUUAAGCAAAAGGUCUCGGAAUCUAAUUUAAGAUGUGAACAGACACUUUCUGAAAAUGAAUUGCUGGCUACAUCAAAUUCAAAGCUCAGGGAGGAGUUGGAAGAUCAUCAACACAAAGUGAACGACUUCAAUGAAUUGUUAAAAUCCAUCCAUGCAGAGAAGGAGGCUGCUGUUGAGCAACUCGCUUCUCAUGCAAGCACCAUAGCUAAAUUGACUGAUGAACAUUCAAGAGGCUUGGAGCUACAGCAUGCAGCUGAAUCUCGCAUAGAAGAAAAUGAAGCGCAAAUUUAUGAAGCUAUUGAAAAACACAAGAAGAAAGAUCUGGAAGCCAGAAACCUGUACGAGAAGCUGCUUUCACUUGAAACUCAGUUGAGAAAUGAUGAACAGGCUAGUGAGCCAGAUGUUGCAGCAACUCAGAAGGGCAUAUUGGAAGAGGCACAUUUCAAAUUACAGGAAGUGGAAGGGCUUGUAGAGCAAUUAAACAGCAAGUUGGAUCAGUUCAAAAUUGAAAAUGAAGAUUUAUCAAAAGAUAAUGUGAGUCUCACUGAGAUGCUUGCAAUUUAUGAGUCAAAAUUGAAUAUGGUACAAGUAGCACUUGAUACAGCUGUUAGAGAGAAAGAGGAUAUAAUCAUGCAGCUUCAUUCUUCUCGGAAAGAAUUGGAGGAUAUCAUUCAAUCCCAUAUCAAUGAUAAAGAGAAACUCCAGUCACAGGUAACCUCUCUCAUGGAAGAGAACAACAUGCACAACGAAAUGCACCAAAAUGUAAAGAAAGAACUUGAAGCUGCUAUAGCCCAAUUGGACGAAAGACUACGUGAACAGAAGUCUGAACUGGAACAAAGGCUUAGACAUGCUGGAGAACAGGUGGAACUUCAUAGAAAGGACGUGGAGGAAUUUGUAGCAAGAAACUUGGAGUUAAAUUCAUUAAAUGAAUCUUUAAUCAAGGAUUCAGAGUUAAAACUUGAGCAAGCUGCUGCAAGCAUCUUGCAAAAGGAGUCUGAAACUAAGGAAUUGCUUGACAAAUUAAAAUAUCUCGAGGACCAAUCAACAUUUUAUAAAGAACAGGCAGUUGAAGCUACUGAAAAUGUCACCUCACUUAAGGCAGAGUUGGGAACAAAUGUGUUGAUAUUGGUUUCUCUUGAAAACAAUGUUCAAGAGCUUAAGCAAAAGGUCUCGGAAGCUAACCUGAAAGGUGAACAAACACUUGCUGAAAAUGAGUUGUUGGCUACAUCAAACUCGAAGCUCUUGGAAGAGUUGGAGGCACAUCAAGACAAAGUGAAUGAGCUCGAGGAGUUAUUGAAAUCCAUCCAUGCAGGGAAGGAGGCUGCUGAUAAGAAACUUGCCUCUCAUGCGAGCACCAUAGCUAAGUUGACUGAUGAACAUUCACAAGGCUUGGAGCUCCAGUAUGCAACUGAACUUCGCCUCAAAGAAAAUGAAGAACAGCUGCAUGAAGCUAUUGAGAAACACAAGAAGCGAGAUUUGGAAGCUAGAGACAUUUACGAGAAGCUGCUUGCACUUGAAUCUCAGUUAAAAACUUGUGAAGAACAGGCUAGUGAGUCAGAUAUUCUCACAGCCACUCAGAAGAGCAAACUGGAAGAGGCACAUUUCAAACUACAGGAACAUGAAGGGCUUAUUGAGCAACUGCAAAGCAGUUUGGCUCAAUUCAAAACUGAGAACGAAGAUUUAUCAAGAAAUAACCUGAGUCUAACCGAGGAGCUUGCAACAUAUGAGACAAAAAUGAACCUGUUACAAGCUGCACUCCAUGAAGCUACUGCAGAGAAAGAGGAUACACUCAUGCAGCUUCAUUCUUCUACGAAACAAUUGGAGGAUAUGAUGCAAUUACAUAUGUCUGAUAAAGAGAACCUCCAGUUACAGAUAACCUCUGUCAUGGAAGAGAACAACAUGCACAAAGGAAUGCACCACAAUGCAAGGAAAGAACUCAAAGCUGCUAUAGCCCAAUUGGAAGAAAAACUGAGUGAACAGAAGGCAAGGGAAUUUUCUUUCGAUUCUCUUGUGGAAAAUCUUAAAGCAGAGUUGUCUGAGAAGUCUCUUAUGCAGUCUGAUAUGGAGAAAAAGCUUAUACAUGCUGGAGAACAGUUGGAACAUCACAGAAAUGCUGUGGAGGAACUGACAGCAAGAAAUUCAGAGUUAAAUUCAUUAAAUGAAUCUUUAAUCAAGGAUUCAGAGUUGAAACUUGAGCAAGCAGCUGCAAACAUCUUGCAAAAGGACUUUGAAGUGAAGGAAUUGCUUGAGAAGAUCAAAUCUCUUGAAGAGCAGUCGUCAUUUUAUAAAGAACAGGCAAUUGAAGCUAAUGAAAAUGUCAACUCACUUAAGGCGGAGUUGGGAGCGAAUGCAAAGACACUGGUUUCUCUUGAAAACAAUUAUGAGGAGCUUAAGCAACAGAUCUCAGAAGCUAAUCUGAAACAUGAACAGACACUUGCAGAAAAUGAAUUGUUGGCUACAUCAAACUCAAAUCAUAGGGAAGAGUUGGAAGCUCAUCAGCAAAAAGUCAUUGAGCUUAAUGAGUUCUUGAAAUCCAUCCAUACAGAGAAGGAGGCUGCUGUUGAGCAACUAGCCUCUCAUGCCACCACCAUAGCAAAGUUGACUGAAGAACAUUCACGCGGCUUGGAACUCCAGUUUGCAACUGAAUUUCGCCUCAAGGAGAAUGAAACCCAACUGCAUGAGGCUAUUGAGAAACACAAGCAGCGAGAUUUUGAAGCCAAAGACCUGUAUGAGAAGAUGCUUGCACUUGAAUCUCAGUUGAAAAGUUAUGAAGAACAGGCUAGUGAGUCAGCUAUUGUUGCAGCAACUCAAAAUAGUAAACUGGAUGAGGCACAUUGCAAACUACAGGAACAUGAAGGCCUUGUUGAGCACCUGUCUAGCAGGUUGGCUCAAUUUAAAACUGAGAAUGAAGAUUUAUCAAGGGAUAACGUUAAUCUUAGUGAGAAGCUUGCAACGUAUGAGACAAAAUUGAAUGAGUUACAAGUAGAGUUUGAUACAGCUAUAAUGGAGAAAGAGGAUAUAAUUAUGCGGCUUCAUUCUUCCAAUAAAGAAUUGGAAGAUAUCAUGCAGUCACACAUGUCUGAUAAAGAGAAACUCCAGUUACAGAUAAAUUUUGUCAUGGAAGAGAACAAUAUGCACGACAAAAUGCACCAAAAUGCAAGGAAAGAACUCGAAGCUACUAUAGCCCAAUUGGAAGAAAAACUAAGCAAACAGAAGUCUGAUCUGGAACAAAAGCUCAGACAUGCUGAAGAACAGUUGGAACAUCACAGACAAGCUGUGGAGGAACUUACGGCAAGAAACAUGGAGUUAAGUUCAUUAAAUGAAUCUUUAAUCAAGGAUUCAGAAUUGAAACUUGAGCUAGCAGCUGCAAACAUCUUGCAAAAGGAGUCUGAAGUUAAGGAAUUGCUUGAGAAGCUAAAAUCUCUUGAAGAGCAGUCGUCAUUUUAUAAAGAACAGGCAAUUGAAGCUACUGAAACUGUCACCUCACUUAAGGCGGAGUUGGGAGUGAAUGCAAAGACAUUGGUUUCUCUUGAAAACAAAGUUGAGGAGUUUAAGCAACAGAUCUCAGAAGCUAAUCUGAAACAUGAACAGACACUUGCGGAAAAUGAAUUGUUGGCUACAUCAAACUCAAAGCUUAGGGAGGAGUUGGAAGCUCAUCAGCAAAAAGUCAGUGAGCUUAAUGUGGUGUUGAAAUCCAUCCAUACAGAGAAGGAGGCUGCUGUCGAGCAACUGGCCUCUCAUGCCAGCACCAUAGCGAAGUUGACUGAAGAACAUUCACGAGGCUUGGAGCUCCAGUUUGCAACUGAAUUUCGCCUCCAAGAAAAUGAAGCCCAGCUACAUGAAGCUAUUGAGAAACAAAAGCAGCGAGAUUUGGAAGCCAGAGACCUGUACGAAAAGCAGCUUGCACUCGAAUCUCAGUUAAAAUCUUAUGAAGAACAGGCUAGUGAGUCAGCUAUUUUCGAAGCCACUCAGAAGAGCGAACUUGAAGAGGCACAUUUCAAAUUACAGGAACAUGAAGGGCUUGUUCAGCAACUGAAAAGCACAUUGGAUCAAUUCAAGACUGAGAAUGAAGAUUUAUCACGAGAAAACCUGAGUCUCACCAUGGAGCUUGCAACAUUAAAGACAAAAAUGAAUGAGUUGCAAGUGGCACUUGAAGCAUCCGUCGCAGCGAAAGAGAAUAUAUUCGUUCAGCUUCAUUCUUCAAAGAAAGAAAUGGAGGAUCUCAUACAACUGCUCAUCUCUGAUAAAGAGAAACUCCAGUUACAGAUAACCUCUAUCAUGGCAGAAAGCAACAUGCGCAACGAGAUGCAUAAUGAUGCAAGGAAAGAACUGGAAGAAACUAUAGUCCAAUUGACACAAAAUCUAAGCGAACAGAAGGCAAGGGAAUUCACUCUUGAUUCCCUUGUGGAAAGUCUUAAAUCAGAUUUGUCUGAGAAAUCUCUUGUGCAAUCAGAAUUGGAGCAAAAGCUUAGAUAUGCUGGAGAACAGUUGGAACAUCACAAAGAGGCUGUGGAUGAACUAACAACAAGAAAUUUGGAGUUAAAUUCAUUGAAUGAAUCUUUGUUAAAGAAUUCUGAGUUGAAACUUGAGCAGGCAGCCAAAAGCAUCAUGCAAAAGGAGUCUGAAGCUAAAGAAUUGCUUAACAAGUUAAAAUCUCUUGAAGAACAAUCAGCAUUUUAUAAAGAACAGGCAGUUCAAGCUACUGAAAAUGUAGCCUCACUAGAAGCGGAGUUGGGGGCAAAUGUGAUGGCAUUGGUUUCACUUGAAAAUAAUGUUGAGGAGCUUAAGCAAAAGGUCUCAGAAGCUAAUCUGAAAGGUGAACAGACACGUGCUGAAAAUGAAUUGUUGGUAAGGUCAAACUCAAUGCUCAGCGAGGAGUUGAAAUCUCAUCAGCACAAAGUUAAUGAGCUUGAGGAGUUAUUGAAAUCCAUCCAAGCAGAAAAGGAGGCUGCUGUCGAGCAACUUGUUUCUCAUGCAAGCACUAUAGCACAAUUGACUGAUGAACAUUCAAGAGGCUUGGAGCUCCAGUUAGCAACUGAAUAUCGCCUUAAAGAAAAUGAAGCCCAGCUGCAUGAAGCUAUUGACAAACACAAGCAAAUAGAUUUCGAAGCUAGAGACCUAUCUGAGAAGCUUCUUGCACUUGAAUCUCAGUUAAAUGCUUAUGAAGAACAGGCCAUUGAGUCAGCUGUCGUUGCAGCAACUCACAAGGGCAAACUGGAAGAGGCACAUUUCAAAUUACAGGAACUGGAAGGGCUUGUUGAGCAACUGGAAAGCAAGUUGGAUCAAUUCAAAACUGAGAAUGAUUUUUUAUCAAGGGAUAACCUGAGUCUCACUGAGGAGCUUGCAACAUAUAAGACAAAAAUAAAUGAGUUAAAAGUAGCACAUGAAGCAGCUGUUACUGACAAAGAGGAUAUAUUCGUUCAGCUUCAUUCUUCAAAGAAAGAAAUGGAGGAUCACAUGCAACUUCUUCUCUCUGAUAAAGAGAAACUCCAGUCACAGAUAACCUCUGUCAUGGAAGAGAACAACUUGCACAAUGAAAUGCACCAAAAUGCAAGGAAAGAACUCAAAGAAACCAUAGCCCAAUUGGAAGAAAAAAUAAGUGAACUGAUGGAAAGGGAAAGCUCUCUUGAUUCUCUUGUUGAAAUUCUUAAAUCAGAGUUGUCUACAAAAUCUCUGAUGCAAUCAGAACUGGAACAAAAGUUUAGAUAUGCUGGAGAACAGUUGGAACAUUACAAAAAGGCUGUGGAGGAACUUAUGACAAGAAACUUGGAGUUAAAUUCAUUAAAUGAAUCUUUAUUUAAGGAUUCUGAUUUAAAACUUGAGCAAGCAGCUACAUGCAUCAUACAGAAGGAGUCUGAAACUAACGAAUUGCUUGAGAAGUUAAGAUCUGUUGAAGAACAAUCAGCAUUUUAUAGAGAACAGGCAGUCGAAGCUACUGAAAAUGUAGCCUCACUUAAGGCAGAGUUGGGGGUGAAUGUGAUGAAACUGAUUUCUCUUGAAAACAUUGUUGAGGAGCUUAAACAAAAGGUCUCUGAAGUUAAUCUGAAAGGUGAACAGACAUUUGCUGAAAAUGAAUUAUUGGCAACAUCAAACUCAAAGCUCAGGGAGGAGUUGGAAUCUCAUCAGAACAAACUUAAUGAGUUUAAGGAGUUUCUGGAAUCCAUCCAUGCAGAGAAGGAGUUUGCUGUGGAGCAACUCGCCUCUCAUGCAAGCACUAUAGCACAAAUGAGUGAUGAACAUUCAAGAGACUUGGAGCUUCAGUUAGCAACUGAAUGUAGCCUUAAAGAAAAUGAAGCCCAGCUGCAUGAAGUUAUUGAGAAACACAAGCAGAGAGAUCUAGAAGCCAGGGACCUGUAUGAGAAGCUGCUUGCACUUGAAACUCAGUUGAGAGCUUAUGAAGAACAGGCUAGUGAGUCAGCUGUUGUAGCAGCAACUCAAAAGGGUAAACUAGAAGAGGCACAUUUCAAAUUACAAGAACUGGAAGGGCUUGUAGAGCAACUAAAAAGCCAGUUGGAUCAAUUCAAAAUUAAGAAUGAAGAUUUAUUAAGAGAUAACCUAAGUCUCUCUGAGAACCUUGCAAUGUAUGCGAUGAAUAUGAAUGAGUUGCAAGUAGCACUUGAUGCAGCUGUUACACAGAAAGAUGAUAUAUUCAUGCAGCUUUGUUCUUCCAAGAAAGAAAUGGAGGAUCUCAUGCAAUUACAUAGCUCUGAUAAAGAGAAACUCCAGUCACAGAUAACUUCUGUAAUGGUAGAGAACAACAUGUGCAAUGAGAUGUACCAUAACGCUAGGAAAGAACUGGAAGCUACUUUAGCCCAAUUCCAAGAACAACUAAGUGAACAGAAGACAAGGGAAUCCUCUCUUGUUUCUCUUGUAGAAAGUCUUAAAGCAGAGUUGUCUGGGAAAUCUCUUAUGCAAUCAGACCUGGAGCAAAAUCUUAGAUAUGCUGGAGAACAGUUGGAACAUCACAGAAAUGCUUUGGAGAAACUUACGACAAGAAACUUGGAGCUAAAUUCAUUAAAUGAAUCUUUAGUCGAAGAUUCAGAGUUGAAACUUAGGCAAGUAGACGCAACCAUCAUGCAAAAGGAGUCUGAAGCUGAAGAAUUGCUUGAGAAGUUAAGAUCUGCCGAAGAACAAUUGGCAAAUCAGAAGGGCAAACUGGAAGAGGCACAUUCCAAAUUACAGGAACUGGAAGGGCUUGUAGAGCAAUCGAAAAGCAUGUCAGAUCAAUUCAAAACUGAGAAUGAAGAUUUAUCAAGAGAUAAUCUCAGUCUCACUGAGGAGCUUGCAACAAAUAAGACAAGAAUGAACGGGUUGCAACUAGCACUUGAUGCAACUGUCACAGAGAAAGAGGAUAUAUUCAUGCAGCUUCAUUCUUCUCAGAAAAACAUGGAAGAUCUCAUGCAACUGCAUAUCUCUGAUAAAGAGAAACUUCAGUCGCAGAUAACCUCCGUCAUGGAAGAGAACAAAAAAUGCAACAAAAUGCACCAAAAUUCAAGGAAGGAACUCGAAGCUACUGUAUCCAAAUUGGAAGAAAAACUAAGUGAACAGAAAGCAAGGGAAUUCUCUCUUGAUUCUCUAGCAGAAAGUCUUAAAGCAGAGUUGUCUGAGAAAUCUCUUAUGCAAUCUGAACUGGAGCAAAAGCUUAGAUACGCUGAAGAGCAGUUGGGACAUCACAGAAAGGCCGUGGAGGAACUUACUGCAAGAAACUUGGAGUUAAAUUCAUUAAAUGAAUCUUUAAUCAAGGAUACGAAAUUAAAACUUGAGCAAGUAGCUGCAAGCAUCUUGCAAAAGGAGUCUGAAACUAAGGAGUUGCUUGAGAAGUUAAAAUCUCUCGAGGAACAAUCAACAUUUUACAAAGAACAGUUAGUUGAAGCUACUCAAACUGUCACCUUACUUGAAGCAGAAUUGGGAGCAAAUGCAUUAACACUUGUUUCUCUUGAAAACAACAUUCAGGAGCUUAAGCAAAAGGUCUCAGAAGCUAAUCUGAAAGGUGAACAAACACUUUCUGAAAAUGAGUUGUUGGCUACAUCAAACUUAGAGCUCAGGGAAGAGUUGGAAGCUCAUCAGCAUAAAGUCAAUGAGCUUAAUGAGGUCUUGAAAUCUAUCCAUGCAGAGAAGGAGGCUGUUAAUGAGCAACUUGCCUCUCAUGCAAGCAUCAUAGCGAAGUUGACUGAUGAACAUUCACAAGGCCUGGAGCUCUUGUUUGCAACUGAAGUUUGCCUCAAAGAAAAUGAGGCCCAGCUGCAUGAAGCUAUUGAGAAACACAGGCAGCGAGAUUUAGAAGACAGAGACUUGAAUGAGAAGCUGUUUGCGCUUGAAUAUCAGUUAAAAAAUUACGAAGAACAGGCUAGUGAGUUGGCUAUUGUUGCAGCAACUCAGAAGAGCAACCUGGAAGAGGCACAUUUUAAAUUACAAGAAUAUGAAGGGCUUGUUGAGCAACUGUAUUGCAGGUUGGCUCAAUUUAAAACUGAGAAUGAAGAUUUAUCGAGAGAUAACCUAAGUCUCACUGAGGACCUUGCAACAUAUGAGACAAAAAUGAGCAAGUUCCAAGAAGCACUUGAUGAAGCUACUGCAGAGAAAGAGGAUAUAUUCAUGCAGCUUCAUUCUUCUAUGAAAGAAAUGGAUGAUGUCAAGCAACUGCUUAUCUCUGACAAAGAAAAACUCCAGUCACAGAUAACCUCUGUCAUGGAAGAGAACAUCAUGCUCCAUGAGAUGUACCAAAAUAUGAGGAGAGAACUUGAAACAACAGUUCAAUUGAAAGAAGAACCCACCAAAGAGAAGGCAAGAGAAUUCCCUCUCAACUCCCUUGUUGGAAAUCUUGAGGCAGAGUUGGCUGAGAAAUCUCUUAUGCAAGCACGAAUUUCUGAACUUGAACACAAGCUGUUACUAGCUGAGAAAACUUAUAUCCAAGAGAUUGAAAGCUCGGUAUCAGCUGCUGCUGAGAAGGAGGCAGUACUGACUGCUAAACUAAAGGAUCACACGAGCUUGCUUCAAGAACGAGAUUCCUUAGAUCAAAAAUUAAAGGAAAUCUUAAAGGAACUUGAUUUGGCACAAAGAACCAUAACAGAACAGAAAGAAUUGAUAUCCACAAAGGAAUUCGAAAUGCAAGCUUCCAUGAAGCAGACCCUUGAUGCAUUAUGGUCUAAGAAUCAGGAUGCAGCACUUCUAGAGAAACAGGUUGAGGAGCUUAAGCAGAGGUUGCAAGAAGCCAAAACCCAAAAUAAAGAGAAGGUUAUAGAACAAAGCAAAAAACUUACACUUGUCAAUGUGGAACUCCAUGAAAUGAGACUUAAACUGAGCAAAACUACUCAGAUGGAAAGGAAAAUUGCAGAGCUUGAGAAUGCAUUGCUGUUGGCCUAUGCAACAAGCGGACAAGAGGUUAAGAAUGAAACCUCGCAUGCUGAAUUGAAGGAUGCAAUAGAGGUGUUUUCAAGAGAUUGUGGACUGGACACUUCAACGCUCUUAAAGAGAAAGAUCAAGAUAAGUGACAGGGUGCACCAGGACACAAGAACUACUGAUGCAGAUCCAAAUGUGCAUGAUGACACAGAACCUUUGGUAGCUAUGGCCUUGAAGUUCAUCUUGGGAGUAGCCUUGGUAUCAAUGAUCGUCGGCAUUAUUCUAGGGAAGCGAUAUUAGCAUUGUUUGUAAAAUUUUUUUUUGCUCUAUGUUGUAUAUAAGUUCAUUUGUCUUUUGCAACUGACGAUGGAAGCUUCGAUUGAUGAAGUAGCGGCACCGGCACGGCUCUUGAAGUUGGUUGGUUGGGGAACUUGAUUCAAGAAAUCAUUCCCUGGAUUUUGAUUAUUUUGUUACAAGUUUGUCUUGUGGUUGGGGGUAGAUUUUGAUUGACUUUGGGACAGGAAUAUGUUUUUGUUACAUUCCUGCCCUCCAGCAGCAUGCAGUAGGGAACUGCAUGCAACAUGCCUUUUUGUGUAUUUGAGCUUGUAGAUUGUUUCUUGUAAACAAGCAAUUGUUUUUCUACAA